AUGAGUCUCUUUCAGAAGGGGCUUGCAGUCCAGGCGUCGGCGUUCGCGACCCGUCCGCGCCCAUCAACAACGCUAGCGAUUCGAUCACCUCUCCGCCAAGUGCGACAACCACGACGAUAUAAUUCCGCUCAACCUUCAAAGCCUGAACCAUCGAAGAAGACCGAGAUACCUCAAAACGAACCAUCACACAGCGCAAACACACAUGGGAGCUCCAUACCCCAACCGCCUAUUAGCAGCGCUGUUGCUGCAGGCGCCGCGACCACACCGCAUGCCGCAACGGCGGUGACACGAUCUAGAGGAUUUAAAGAGGUUAUCAUAGCUUCACCGUUGGGUACAUUUGGGAGAUGGUACGCUCGUUCGCAGAAGGAAAAGCCGUACAAGACACAAAUUUGGAGUUCGCUUGUCAUCUAUUUAUUUGGUGAUUUGGGCGCUCAAUUACUUUUCCCGGAGGAGAAAGUGACUACGAACGAGAACAAGGACGAGACCAAAGAGGCUGCAGGACAAAAAGAUGAGGACGAGAAGCCUAGCUUUGGGAGCGAGUAUAACCCAUGGAGAACUGUGCGACACCUGAUGAUUGGUGCUGGGUCUAGUAUCCCAACGUAUAAAUGGUUCUUGUUUCUCGGCAACAACUUCAACUACUCAUCCAAGUUUCUCUCCAUCUUGACUAAGGUCGCCGUCCAACAAACCUGUUUCACCCCUGUCUUCAACACAUACUUUUUCAGCAUGCACUCCCUUCUUGCGGGCGCCAGCUUCGAAGAAACAGUGGAACGUGUCAAGAAAGCUCUCCCUGUUAGUAUUUCUAACAGCGUCAAGCUUUGGCCGGCCGUCACUGCUUUCAGCUUUAUGUACGUGCCGCCUGAGUACCGAAAUGUCUUCUCCGGUGGAAUUGCCGUUUGCUGGCAGACGUAUUUGAGUUGGUUGAACCAGAAAGCUGCUCGUGAAGUUAGAGAAGCUGAGGCUGCCCUUGCUGGCAACACGUAUGCCUUGUCGGGGGGCUUGAUUCCUGCAGCUGGAACUGCAUAA